UCGUCCCUACUGAUGAGGUUUUGGCUGCAAAAACAUCACAUCUAAUUAAUAGUAUUCUUACAAAGCAAAACUUGCAAUUGGACACAGAUUAUGUGCAAAAAGUGGUAUUUUGGCAUAUUCAGUGUUUCAAAACAUGCUCUGACAUGGUUGUACCUGAUUUACUAUACAACAUUCAGUGUAUUAUUCAAUUAAAUGUUGCUGCGAGUCAAAAGUAUUCAGAAGAAUUAAUAGGCAGCCAAGGAGUUUUAAACAGUUUUCUAGACACCAGUAAAUGUGGUCUGCCGAUAACACAAAACCAACUACACCUUUGCCUCAGUGUCUUAAAAUGCAUGUGUUCAAUAACUUCGGUGCCCGAUGAAAAUAAAGCAUCUGAACAACCAAACUUGAGUUCCGAGUUAAAGGAGCAAGUAUCACAAUUAGUUGUUAAUUUUUUGAUGAGAAUUACAAAAGGGCAAGAUGAAUAUCAGUAUUGUAAAGUGGUUGUUACUGCAUUAAGAGUGCUAUCUCAAAUCUAUUUCAAUGACCAGACCAUAUGUAUUCCACUACCAGAACUUAUGGGUAUUUCCCGUUACUUCCUUGUCUAUGGCCUUGUGGUUCAGGGCCUGAAGCCUGAGAAGAUCAUGCCAGCCCAGCAGACUAUUGCAACAGUACCUAAUACUAUCAAUCGGGAUACAAAGGGUGGUAAAAAACAAAAACUGCGCAAGCAGAGAAACAAUGCCAUUGAAAGUUUGAAAAAGGAAAUACCGGUAUCAGAAAAGAGUUUAAUGAGAGAGGUGGAAAAUUUCGAAAACAUCUCAACGUACCGACCGGCGAGUCAGAACUACUUGGAGCCGCAGAAGGCCAGGAACUAUUGGGUGCUGACCAGCGAUUCUGAUGCUUCGGAUGUUGAGAGCAGUCGAGAAGCUAAGCUGGUCGCUUUGAGGUCUAGGGUGAGACAGAGUGCUGCUAAUCUGUUAUUAGUGUUGACAAGGGUGAGCGAAAAGCGAGACAUUUUCGGAUACUGGUGGGCCCUGUUACCCGAUUCACCAGAAGUCGACAACUGGACCGCAACAGACGCAGCUAAGAAGACCUUAGCUUACUGCGCGGUCACUGACCCCACGUCUAAUAAUAGAGCUAGCGUGUUGAGCGUGAUUUUGGCGCUGCUCUCUGGGCCUAGGAUGUACUUGUCACAGGCUGAAGUAAGCAAAAAAGACAACGCCUCUUUCAUCCCCUUCUCCGUAUCUCUCGGCUACAUGAUCGACUGUCUGCACAAAGUAUUGACCACCAUAUUGGACAGCGAGCGAAGCCACGCGGUCGUACUAGUCGCGCUGAAGUGCUGCGCGGCGUUGGUUCAGGCCACGCCGUAUUAUAAGAUGAAGGCGGGGCUUGUGAGUGAGCUGGUGAGGGCGUCGAGGAAAUUCUUGGUCCAUAAGAGUAAGAGAUUUAAAAAACGCAUACAAAGUUAAUACAAAAUAGUACAUUGCCAUAUGUACUAUUGUGCGGAAAAAAGGAAAUUCGAAACGAGUGGCGAUAAACUAAAACACGUUACGAAUUCCGUUACAAUGGUCCUGCCAGUCAGUGCUGAUUAUACCCGACGGUACAGCCAGCAGUUUCGCCGCUUCCUCCAUCUGCUGUACUACGCGCGCAGCAAAAAUCCAAGCGUACUUGAAGCCCUGGAUACAUAGUAAUUCCUUGUUUAGUAGAGACGGCGGGUUGAUGGGAUUUGAUGCUGCUUAAUCCUAAGCGAAAGCCUGGCAAAAGAGAGUAUAAAUUAAUAGGGGCGCCACCGUCUAUGUAAACCGUUUUGCAUGUGGCAACUAUUGAGUCACUUUGGUAUGAGAGCAGUAAGUGUUGAUAUGAUAAAAAAAUAGUUCUAUUACAGGAAACCUUAUGUCUCCUUGUGAUGUACAAAGUCGUGGAAAGUGGCAAAAUAUAAGGUAAUUAGCUAUUAGCUAAUUAGCUAUUGCAUUGGCUGUUAUAAAAUAAAAAUUUAUAAUAAUAAACUAAUUAUAGCAGUAAAUAUUAGUUAAUGUUUUAUUUAUUAUUAUAUAAUAAUUACAUAUCGACUAAUAUAAUAUUGUACUCCUGUAAGUUAUCGAUACUGUCAUUAUGAAAUUGUCAAGCCCUAGUGUAAACUAACAAUUUAGGUUUUUACACAAAAUAUUGAAAAUGAUUGACUAUUUUGAGGAAAUAUUGGCACACAGCAGAAGAAAACCUAAUAAUGGACUAUGUGAGUGCCUACUAAACAGUUUUAAGUUAUUAAUUUGACAAAAUAUCGUAAAGAAAAUUUCAAUCGGAAGAUCAU